CAACACACAGCUCUGCUCCCACUGCACAUCCUUCCUCAGCUCCAACCAAACACAGGAUUACAAAUGGUUGUUCAAAUCUGUACUAGCCACCAUCCAAACAGCAAGAUGUCUGAGAUUGGCCACCAACAGCAAAAAGUAGAAGCCAAUAUCUUGGUGCUCGGAGCGGAAAAUGUUGGGAAAUCUGGUGAGACAACUUUUAAUUUUAUUAUAUUGUGAUUUUUUUGUAUAGCACCAACAUUUUUUAAAGUGCAUUACAAUUAGUAUUUUUUUAUUAUUUUUUUUUUACAUAUAAGUCCUUCCCUUACUUUAAAAAAAAAAUAUUUUUGAUUGCAAGCUUUUGGGACAAGCUCCGCAGAAAACAUUCAUAAUUAAUCAGGCAUUGCACCUGUGAAUAACCAGAUAUCUAAAACGUACAAAAUGCAAAGAAUAAAAUUAAAUGUUUAAAAAAAAUUAACGACAUAAAUUUGUCUUGCAUUCAUUUAUUUUGUGCUAAUCCCAGCUCUCUUUUGAUUUACAGCUCUUACUGUUCGAUUUCUCACCAGAAGAUUUAUCGGAGAAUAUGUUGGCACUGGUAAGUGUUAAUACUGCAUUCACAUUUAAUAUAAUCCGUAGAUAAUGACCGAUGUGCUUUCGUCUUAUACAAUUAUAGAAUGGGGUUCAUUCACUAAAUAGUGAUUGUGAUGAAUUUAGAACCGAAUUGGAAUUUUUUUGCUAAAUAGCCCGGGUUCUUGAAAACGUUAAUUACAAUUCACCGUUUAAUGAUUAAACCCAUAUUUAAAAAGUUGAUCCUAAAAUAGAUGUAAAUCACAUUUGAUAGACUAGUUCCCAUUGCUAAGACUUAACACUCAGCGUAUACUUUAUAGUUGACUCCUCUGCUGGGAGACAGUUCCAAGUUUAAACUAACAGUUUUUUCCCCUUUAUUCUCUUUCUGCAGAAUCAAUUUACACACACAAUGUGAAUGUCGAUGGUCGAGAGACUCUUUUUAGCAUCUGGGAUUCUGUCUGUCCACAGGUAAGAAUAAAUUGUCAAGCGAUAUUAAAACAAAAUGAUCUUUUAGACAUUGAUAAUUAAGUUGUAAAAGUCUCCCGAUCAAGUUAUAAAGUAAACUUUAAAUGCACAAAUAGGGGAGCAUUUUUGUUUUUAAAUCAUGAAGUAUAUUCACUAAACAGUGUUCUGGCAAUAUGAACACUAACUAGCAAAAAAAAAGAAUUAACUUAAAACAAAUAUGUUUAAUAGUGAGAUUAAAGGGUUCUCUGACUGCAGAGCUUUCUAGAAUAUAGAAAUUACAGAGAUCUCACCCACUAAGCGGUUUUAUUAUGCAUCCUUCCUCAACCUCCAACCCUCCAAUGCAGGGCAGGGGGUAACAUUUAAAAUGUGUAAGCUCUUAGUCAAUUAACAUUAGCAUUUGAUUGUAAGCUCUUCUGGUCAGGACGCUUAAGUGCUAACCUUCUCGUUUUUUUUCCCUCUCUCACAGAACCCUAACCUGAACAAUUGUGUUACCGAAGAACAGUUGAGAUGGGCAGACGGUUUCAUUUUGGUCUAUAGCAUCUGUGACCGUGAUAGCUUUAAUGUAGUGAGGCAGCAACUCCAGCGAAUUCACCAAAUGAAGAAGCGUCAUUGCACCGUUCCGGUUAUCAUUGUUGGGAACAAAAGGGACUUGCAGCACAGAAGGGAAAUCCCCAGCGAGGAAGGCAGACUACUAGCCAUCUCGUCAGAUUGUGACUUCUUUGAAACCUCAGCUGCCGAGACCUACCAUGGCUCUCUGGUGGUCUUCCACCAACUCCUUGAGAGUCUUCGGGAGUCCAGGAACUCCAAUAAGAAAAAUACCGGCAUCAAGGGCAUUGUACGUAGCAUGUCGGCCGUUUUUGGGAGAAGGCGAACAGAGUGAACAAAGAUCUGCGCCAGACCCAAACAUUCAAAGGGUUACUUGCAACUCAGUGCUUGCUUUGCUCCUUCGAGUUCCACAAGCAGAAGAGGACACUGGUUUCAAUACGAGUUAGCCCUAUUGCUUUGUAUUUUCAUAAACUGAGCACUCAUAAAAUUAACUUUUUAUAGCACUGGGAUAACUUCGCACCUCUUGUCCCGAGGUUACCUCUGUGGCCAGAACACAGACACCAUCCCAUCAAUGUCCCCGUGGCGUAAGGACAACGAUUGUCCUGCUGAAGCAGUUUCCAUUGUGUGCCUCCUGCCUGCGUGCCCCGUGGCAGCUCUCGGCUCAGUGGAAUUCAGAAUAUUAUGCAACGCAUUGAAAGCAUUGUUGUGCCUGCACAAGGACUGUCCACGUGGUUUACUAGACUCUCCUAUUCAGCUUUCUCAUUGGCUGUCUGCUCUGCCAAGCUGCGUGGACAUGAGGACAUGCACAUUCCCCAUCCCAGAAUGCACUUGGUGGCAUAAACAAGACAAUGACUUAUAGACAAUUUAAAGGGCUAAUUGUAUACUGUAUACUUGAAGAUCUCGCUACCUGUCAGAGCUACAGAACUGACUAUACCAGAAACCACAAAAUAAUCCUGAGCUACUGUCUUUGUUCAUCUCUCUACUGUACCUAACGAUCUUAAAUUAAAUAGUAUCUGCUAAGGGAUGCUGCACUUCGUCACGAGAGGGGAGGGGGUCUAAGAUUGCUAAUUGUGUUAUACAGGGCUGAUAUACUUGCACUGAAAGGCAGAUCAAUAUGUCCUGGUCUGCCCUGCCUUCUGAAAGGAUUCCUGGUAUAAGACUAUGUCUACAGGGGGCUUAUUCACUAAAAACUCAGCUGAUAACCAAUGGGGGGGAGGGUUAAUGCAUUAACCCCUUACUGAAAUCUUAGCAUCCUGUGUAAGUUUAUGAAAGGGUCAGUGGAUAUAAGAUUUGAUUGAUUAGGGGGGGAAAAGGUACUUUAACUAUAACGUUUUAAUUUUAUAAGACUGGGAUUUUAGCCUGUGGUUUCUUGUGAGUAGAGAGACAUUUUAUAAAUAUAUAAAUAUAUGUAUAUAGAGAGAGGUCUAACUUAAAUUAUUUGACAGGUCAAUGCAUUAUUGUUUACAUAAAAGGGUGGGUAUAUUUUCUAAUUGCACUCGUGUUAAUAAUGUACAGUAUAUAAAGUAUAUAAACAAAGUUAUUUUUCUUGAGGCGAAUAAAAUUGAAAAGUUAAAAUAUAAAA